CGCUCCAGUUCUCCCCGCCUACCCUACAGAAAUUGUCUCCUGAUUGGCUUCGAGGCCGCAGGGCUCAGGUUACAUUCGCAAGAGUUGCGGAGCGCGGGAGACCGGACCCAAGAGGAGAGAGGCUGGUUUUGCAAGGAUUCUGCGCCGGUCGGGGAGUGCCCGACUGCCCCUGAGCUGCCACCCAGCAUCGUACAAACCCACCCCCGCUCUGCGCCUGGCUCCACCCCAGCCAAGGACCCUCAACACCGGCAAUGGACUGCUGCACGGAGAGCGCCUGCUCCAAGCCAGACGACGAUAUUCUAGACAUCCCGCUGGAUGAUCCCGGAGCCAACGCUGCUGCAGCUAAAAUCCAGGCGAGUUUCCGGGGCCACAUGGCGAGGAAGAAGAUAAAGAGCGGAGAGUGUGGCCGGAAGGGACCGGGUCCUGGGGGACCAGGCGGAGCUGGGGGCGCCCGGGGAGGCGCGGGCGGCGGCCCCAGCGGAGACUAGGCCAGAGCUGAACGUUUUAGAAGUUCCAGAGGAGAGUCGGAUGCCGCGUCCCCUUCGCAGUGACAAGACUUCCCUACUGUGUUUGUGAGCCCCUCCUUCCCACCAACCAGCCAGCUUCAGGAGCCCUCCCUCUCCCCGCCGCGUCCCAGAGACUCCCUCUCCCAGGCUGGCUUCGUCGUGGCGUAGCCAAGUCCGUGCCCUUUUUAGCUCUUCAGUCUAACGUGGUCUCCUUUUGCCUUUUCUCCUCACCCUCGUCCCAAACCCCAUACUCCCCAAAAUGUCCUUUUGCUUCACGCCCACCUGUCCACGCGCCCAGCAUGCAGCUCUGCCUCCGCAGCCUCGGUGCGCUUCGCUGCGCGUACUGCAGAGGGCGCCCAAUGCGUCGCCCAAAUACUCUCAAAAAAAGAAAGAAAAAAAGAAAAAGAAAGAAAGAGAAAAGCAACCAACAAGUCCUUUCGUUCUGUGGGCAACGAAAGGGGGCGCCCCGCGUCUUUCCACCCUAGCCUAACCUCAACCUCCUAAACCUGGGGCUAGGAAAGAGGGGAGGAGGUUUUCAUGGUUAUCUGAUGUCCCUUGCUCUAAUGGAAAGUGAAGUCCUAUCCCAUACCUGCCUGUCACCCUCUUUUUUCUUGAGAACGCACCCUGAGAGCAGCCCCUCCCGCUCUCUUUGUUUAUGCAAAAGCCUCGUGAGCGCCAGGAGGCUCUGGCAGGAGGGGAGUCUUCCACAGUCCCGCCCCAUGAUAGCCUCUCCUCCCCCACCCCGCGUUGGGCUCCUGGGGUUGUGGCUGGAAGGUUUUUAAUCUCUGCGUGUGCAUGUUACCAUACUGGGUUGGAAUGUGAAUAAUAAAGAGGAAUGUCUAAGUGUA